GUAAAUAAAUGGGAAAUUGUUGUACAGGUGGAGGAUCUGCCUUAGAAAAAAAUGUGCAGAUAGAUUUAGGUUAACAUAUAUCAGAGAAGUCUGCAAAUUCAGAUAUUCUUAAUAAGAAAGCUACAGUAAUUUAAGGUAUUUCUAAAUCUAAAAAGUAAGCUCAUUGUAGAGGUCAUAUAGCUAGAAAGAAAGUGAAAACAAUAUAAGAACAAGAUAAAAGUGCAAAGAAGGAAUCUUAAAAUGAUUCUAGUAAGCCAAAGAAAUAGAAUUAAUAUAUGAAUCCAUAGAAUAAAAAAGAUGUCUUAGAACCUAAAGAAGAAAGUUAUUAAAAUAAAGUUGAUUCAAAUAAUGUUCAUGCUCCAAGUGAAAAAUAUAAAAAAUUAGAUAGAAUGCCUGAUUAUUUGACAGCUAAAACUAAACAAGUAUUUAAAUUAUUUAGGUUAGGUUUUAAGUCAAAUCGAACCCUUUGUUUAUGAUUAGGACAAGGAUGAAUUUAAAGAAUUACCAUUUUUAGAACCAUAUGAGUUGGAUGGAGGAAGUGUUUAUAAAGGAUAAUGGAAGAAUGGGUAAGUUCUUAAUUUUAUGUUAGACUUCGACAUGGAAGAGGAACAUAAAUUUGGCAAGAUGGAUCAAUUUAUGAAGGAUAUUGGUACUAAAAUGUUGCUUGUGGGAAGGGAAGAUUGAUUCAUGCUGAUGGAGACAAGUAUGAAGGAGAAUGGAAAAAUGAUAAAGCUCAUGGAUAUGUAACAAUACAUAUCAUUUAUAUAGGGAAAAUAUGUGCAUAUGGAUGGAGCUUAAUAUGUUGGAUAUUGGGAAGAUGAUAAAUAAAAUGGAAACGGUAAAGAAAUAUGGCCAGAUGGAGCUUGUUAUGAAGGAUAGUAUAAAAAUGGAAAAAAGCAUGGCAAAGGAACUUUUAAAUGGGCUGAUGGAUCAAUAUAUACUGGAGAUUUUGAUUAAAAUAAUAUUCAAGGUUAAGGUGAAUAUUAAUGGGAAGAUGGUAGAAUAUAUGUUGGAGAGUGGAAGAAUAAUAAAAUGGAUGGAAAAGGAGUAAAUAUUUAAAUUAUUAUAUAGGUUUUUACUUGGUUGGAUGGUAGAAAAUAUGAAGGGGAGUAUAAAGAUGAUAAGAAGCAUGGUUAUGGAGAAUUUAAAUGGCCUGAUGGAAGAGUAAUAAGAAUAACCUUAUUAAAUUUAGAUGUAUAGAGGAUAAUGGGCCAAUGGUAAACAACAUGGUAUUGGAAUUUAUAUUGGUUCUUCGAAAAUUGAAAAAGAAGGAGAAUGGUAAGAAGGGAAAAGAAUACGUUGGCUUAAGAAAGGAGGUUAACAAACUAGGGAGGAAGGAAAUUGA